AAUACUAGAAAAAACCUAAGACCUCCUUUUGCUUUAUGAGUGGCACGGCUUUAAAACGUCUCAUAAAGGAGUAUGAAGGUCUUCUAAAAAAUCCUCCCGAUGGCGUAUUAGCUGCUCCCAUUAGUGAAAAUAACUUUUUUGAGUGGGAGGCGGUCAUCUCCGGCCCCCCUGGAUCUCCAUACGAAGAUGGAGUAUUCUGCGCAACUUUAACUUUUCCUCGAGACUACCCUCAUCAACCUCCCCAAAUGCGAUUUAUAUCUCCUAUGUUUCAUCCAAACAUUUACUCUGACGGUCGUGUGUGCAUCUCAAUUCUGCAUCCACCUGGAGAGGAUCCUUUAGGGUAUGAACUGAGUUGCGAGCGGUGGUCACCGGUUCAGUCAGUGGAAAAGAUUUUGCUUUCGGUAAUAAGUAUGCUUUCAGAGCCUAACGAUGAAAGUGGCGCUAAUCUCGAGGCCUCCAAGAAAUGGCGAGAAGAUAGAGAGGCUUUUAAUAAGAUUGCCGAUCUAACGGUGAGGGCAAGUUUGGACCUUAUAUAAUGCAUAUCUCUUCCCUUAUAUAAAUUUAUAGCGAAGUAAUUUAGUAUUAAAUUUUUACGCAAGUUUAU